GGGGGCAAUCGGGGGUUGGUGGUUCGUUCGAGACUAGUAGUAAGACAGCCCCGAACUCGAUCGAAGGAGCGAACGAGAGAGCGAGCGAGCAAUCGAUCGAUCUGUCUGUCUGUCGGGCAAUUGUGUGGAGGAUUGGUGCGAUUGUCAGGAUCGAAAGGCAGAGCCGGGAUCAUGGGUGGGGGCGAGGAGACCGGCUAUCAGCCUUGGUGGGCAAUUGACAAGGCUGCAUGGCGUGAGCGAUUCUCUGUGUUUUACCGUCUCGCUAGUAUCAGCGAGAAUCGCACUCAGCCGCUUAAGCCCUGGACCGAGCAGGAUGUGGAGGACUUCAUCAAAUCCGACCCCGUUCAUGGCCCCAGGCUGAAGCUCGUGAGGCAGGGCGCUCAGGUGGCCGCUGCUGGCGCUGUCGUGGGAGGGUUGACAUCUGCUGGUGUAGCUAUGCGCUAUUCCAAAAAUUCUCUCGGAGCGUUUCUGGCGUUCGCUGGAGGAGCAGCAGUAAGUUGGGCUAUUGCUGAAGAAGGUGCAAACUUGGCAUUGGGUCUCUACAAGUUUGACUGUCUGGAGUCGAAUCUGAAGUUUUUGGACUGGUGGCAAGCAAAGACCGAGUAGUAAAUCAGCCUAUGUAAACAACUCUUUCACCUCGUGGAUACUCCACUUAGUUUGUGCUGAAACGAGGGUUUUGGACCUGUUCUGCUAUCCUUAGUGGGACUUUUACCCACACCACUUACGCGAGCAUAUCUUGUGAAGGCUUGCAGGUUGGAAACACUGUGCAAAAAUAAAGUAUCCAAAAUUGUAAAGAUUUCAAUGCAACGAUGUUCCUUCGGGCAUAAUUU